AUGGGUAGAUGGAAAGAUAAGAAUUUAGUGGUGGCGGUGAUGGAGGAUAUGUUGCUUGUAGUCCAGGAAAAGAGUGGCAGGUUACAAGGAACUGGUGUGUGGAAAAUUCCUACUGGAGUAGUUGAUGAGGGUGAGGAUAUUACUGUGGCAGCUGUAAGAGAAGUGAAAGAAGAAACAGGAAUCGAUGCAGAGUUUCAAGAGGUAUUAGCAUUCAGGCAAGCACACAAGUCAUUUUUUGAGAAGUCAGAUCUAUUUUUUGUGUGCAUGUUACGUCCUCUGUCAUUUGACAUCCAAAAGCAAGACCUGGAGAUUGAGGCAGCCAAGUGGAUGUCACUCGAGGAAUACGCAGCUCAACCAGUCACCCAAAAACAUGGGAUCUUCAAGUGCAUCCAUGAGCUUUGCUUGGCAAAAGUAAAGGGGAACUAUGCUGGAUUUUCUCCACUGUCUGUAAAAUCAUUUUUUGAUGAUCAGUUGAGUUAUAUAUAUCUAAAUAGGCAGGAUAUACAGAGCUUAACUUCUUCGGAUCAGUCCUAG